AUGUUGGUGCUCCUGACCACCAUGUCUCCACUGUUUUUCAGCCCCGGUUUCGCUCUCAGCUCCCAUUUCGACUCAGAACGCACCUCCGAGGGUAAGGAGCUGCUCUCCCAGAAGGUGCCCGGGUGGCAGCAGGCCUGCGCUGAGCCCAACAAGCUUCCGGAGCGCGCCAUGCUGCUGGCCCAGCAGAUGAGUGGGGUGGGCGGGGCCCCGGGCCCCCACACCCACCCCCACCACCCGGGGGGGCCCCACCCUAAGGGGGCCAUGGCCAUCUCCGACCCCAUCUCCGGCGCCAAGCCCCUUCCCGUCCCGCCGGAGCUGGCGGCCCUGAUGGCGGGGGGCACCCUGGGGCAACAGCGGCUGAUGCAGGGCGGGGCCGAGGGGGGCGUGGCCUCGCUGAACGGCUCCGCGGGCCCCCACGGCGGGGGGGACGACUACCAGCAGUGGAUGGAGGCCAAGGCGGCCAAGAGCUCCGGCUCCCAGGCGGGGGCCCAGGGCUACUCCAACACCCUGCCUGUCCGCAAGGGGGCCCCGGCCAAGCACAAGGCCGCCCUGCCGGAGACUCGGACCCUGCCCCGCUCCAGCUCCAUGGCGGCGGGGCUGGAGAAGAACGGCCGCGCGCGGGUGCAGGCCAUCUUCUCGCACGCGGCCGGGGACAACAGCACCCUGCUGAGCUUCGCGGCGGGCGACGUCAUCACCCUGUUGGUGCCCGAGGCGCGGGACGGCUGGCACUACGGCGAGAACGAGAAGAACCGCAUGCGCGGCUGGUUCCCGUUCUCCUACACUCACCUGCUCACCGACAGAGAGGAGGAACCGGGGCCGCAGCUCCGGGUCCACAACCUCCAGCACGGUAAGAGCAGCAGCACGGGGAAUCUUCUGGAGAGGGAGGACGCCUCCCUCCCGCUCCCCGACUACAGCAUGCACUCCCGCAUGGCGGCGCAGAACGCAGCCGUGGUGCUCCGGCAGCAGCAGCAGCCGCUGCAGCGACCGUACAGCAUGAUGACUCCUGGUUACCCGCAGCAAGCACCUGAGGAGUAUGAGCAGCGCUUCCCAAUGAGCACCGAACCCCCCAGCGAGCCGACGGUGGAGGCCCCCCCUAGCCCCCCCGUUGAUUACAACGCUGACGUUGACGACGACGGAGACGAUGACGACCUGUCCACAGGCUCCGCCCUCUACGACCUGGUCCGUAAAACCCCCACUCCGCCAGGGCUGUAUUGAGGCUCCUCCCCCCACCUCCACCAUCACCCCCACACUUACUCCAAGAGCUAUAGGUGGUUGGUUGAUGGGGCUGAUCACAACCAAUCAGUGCAAUGGGUUUGACGUUAAGCAGUUCUUUAGUCAUUGAAUGCCCCUUUGAAAACAUGGAAACUGAUUUGAACUGUUAAAAUGAAAAUUUUAGGAACACAGGGGAAUCGUUAGUGUGUCUGGAGGACCUGAUGUGCUGUAACAGAUUAAAUGUAAGAAAAUCAAAUAAAUGAAACAGGAGAAUCAACCUAAUCUAAAUCCAAUCUGCAUCCAAGGUGUAUUAUAAAAUAAACCUGCCUUAAGGAAAUGUAGCUCUGAUUGCAUAAACAAUGGUUCCUUAUUGCUAAAUGAUGUAUUAACAGCUCAUCCGAUGCUGUACUCCAUAUUGUAAAUGUAUCGUUCAAUCAAAUCUGUAGCAAAUUGUAUUGCUGUAUUAAUGGGAAAAGUCAUUUGAAGAUGUUGGAUAAUUGACUGUUAGUGAACACAGGGUUCUGUCUGUUCGUCAGGGGAUUUAAGGUUUUUAUCGUAAUAACCUUCAUGUCACCAUUAAUAUUAUCAACUCUAAUUUAGGCUAACACUACAGGAACGAAAACAGUGGGGAGUAAGGUAUGCUAUGUAAUCAAUGUCAUGGCAAACAGAGUACCUACAUUGAUUUAAUUGGAAAAAAUAAUUAAAAAGUGAAUGAAUUACACAUUCUGAAAAAUGUGUGUUUGUUGUAUUUUUCAGAGACCAAUCAAACAAAUUACUGCAAUGUUUUGCAUUUAUAAUGUAUUCUAGGACUGUUCACACACUUCAAAUGGCAAUUCAAGUAUAAAAUACUUCUUAAAUUCCCCCAAUCACGCAUAGAGCACUAUACAUUAUGCGUAAUGGCUAUCUAUCAACCAAUGAUAGAUCAAAGUGAGUCAUUCGAUGGCAGUUUUGUUAGUAAGAAAACGUUACUUAGUAAGAGAGGAAUGUUAAUGAUCAUGUUAUUAGUAAGGUGUUUUUGUUAAUUACUUAGCAAUUCAUCAUGAAAUGAGCCGUUCAUGAGUCCUGAAGACAUUGCUGUCACAUUGUUUGUCUCACCAUAGGUGAGACCGUAUUUGCGUUGAUUCAAGAUUUUAGUAUGCCAACUAUUGAGUCUUCUCAAAAUGGCGACGUAUCUCCAACAAGAAAUCCCAUGAUGCAUUCUGAUGUACAAGCGCCAAAGCCACAGGGUUAGCUAGUAGGUUACAUUUUUUCCACUGUUCCUCCCCAAACCCACAUAGACCAGAACAUAUAAAGUUUACGAUGUAUAAACCAAACUUUAUUCCGCUUUUGAUCAAAGGUACAGAGUGUGAGUGAGUGUCCAGUGUUUGUGAGGAACACGUUUCACCCAUGGGGUCUCAAACUCUGGUCCUGAGGGCAUUUCAUCAGCAGUUACAAGGCCAAGACAUCCCCUCCCCAGAGUCCCCUGUCCCCCCUCCUCUAUGGAUUCGACAUCAUACCAAUGCACCAGUUUCUGGGGCCCCGGGGACAAUAAAACACAUCUCUUUGGCAACCACAGACAGACAAGAAAUCGCCUUUUAUAAUGCCUUUUUUUUUUUUUUUUUUACUCGUCCACAGUUACAAUACAUCAACAUUUUUAGAAAGAAAGAAACAUAUUUUGAUGUGGUCAUGGGAUGUAAGGUUCACCCACAGUGUUCCAGAUGGUUCUACGCUAAACGAAUACAGAAGUUUGAAGCAUUCCGAGAAAAAACAUGUAAAAACGGUACAAGCAUGUUCCGACGACCGCAAACCGUUUCCAGACGUCCCGAGUCGUAUUUCUCUUCUUCCGUGAUUCCGUGAUCGCUUGGAAACAGCAAAAGUCCCUUCCUUCCAUUAACAAAGAGACAGAACACAAGUACAAAUAUGGUUCUAAUGACCCCAUAGUAGAGAACAGAGAAGAGAACCGAACGAGAACACCCAGGGCUGUCUGGGUUUUUACCGUUCAAUAUCGACAAAGAAACAGACUUGUCAAACAAAGCCCAGUCAAUGAUAUUCUGUGAAUCAAUGCUCUAUUAAAAGGUGCUUUCUGUUUGCUUGCUGUCCUCCUGUAAUCACUUUUGUAUGAUGAAAGCACUUAUGCUUUUUAAAGUACGAGACAGAGAUAUUAUGGAGCGAGAAAAGAAAAGAAAAGUUUCAACUGUACUCUCGGCUUGUUAAUACAAAAGGUCUGAGAGGAGGUCAGUGUAGCUUAUAUACAGCAGGUCAUAGUGGUGAGGAAAGGCCAGGCCAAAACAGAUCCUAACAAAUGAUGCGGUGAGGUGGUCUAGACACUCAAAGCUUAGUGCCGCUUCCUGACUUAUUUUGUUGACGUAAUCAAACAUUGCCAUCAAACGUAUUGUUUAUCGCACAGGACACACGUAUUCAAAUGGAUGGUUGCUCCCAGGAAAACCCCAUGUUGCCAGGUGACCCGUCGAUUACGAGAUAAUGAGUCAUGACCCCUGAUUGACAAUAGGGUUUGGAUACGGGACAUUGUUGGAAACUGAAGCGAUGAACUAGAGAGGCAUUUCAAAUCCCUUAUAAGACACAAGUCUCUUUACUGCUCCAUAGUUCAUAGUACAGAGUGUGUUUGUAUGUGUGUGUGUGUGAU